UCCUGUGUUACAAAACCCCCCAAAUUCUCUCUCGCAUACGCCGCACCGUAACGAACGAACAACUGAAUCCACGAGCAAAUCUCGGUAGAUAACUAUGGCGACCAACGAACCCGAGCACGAGCACAGAGACGAGGAAGAGGCCGGAGCAAACGAGGAUGAGGAUACCGGAGCUCAGGUUGCUCCCAUCGUUAGGCUUGAGGAGGUUGCCGUCACUACCGGCGAGGAAGACGAAGACGCCGUCCUCGAUCUGAAAUCGAAGCUGUAUCGGUUCGAUAAGGAUGCGAAUCAGUGGAAGGAGAGAGGAGCUGGUACUGUGAAGCUUUUAAAGCAUAAGAACACUGGCAAGAUUCGUCUUGUUAUGAGGCAAUCAAAAACUUUGAAGAUCUGUGCCAAUCACUUCGUUAAAACGGGCAUGACUGUUCAGGAACACGUUGGAAAUGAAAAGUCAUGUGUAUGGCACGCUCGUGACUUUGCUGAUGGCGAACUCAAGGAUGAGCUUUUCUGCAUCCGUUUUGCUUCAAUCGAGAAUUGCAAAACAUUUAUGCAAAAGUUCAAGGAAGUUGCUGAAUCAGAAGAAGAGAAAGAAGAGAGCAAAGAUGCUUCUGAUACCGCUGGUCUUCUUGAGAAAUUGAUUGUGGAAGAGAAAAAGACAGAGGAGAAAACUGAAGAGAAACCUGUGGAGAAGGUGAAGACUGAAGUAGACGCAGAGGAAACCAAAAAGAGUGAGGUGGAGAAAGCUGGUGAAGAAAAGAAAACCGAAGAAACUGGUUCCUCUACUUAAGAUGGAUCAGCAUUUAAGCUGCCAAAUUCCUGGCGAGGUAAUUUAGCCUCAAAAUUGUUUUUUUGAUGCAUCACGAGUCAUUGUCUUGGCACUAUCUAUCUAUACAUCUGUUGUCGAGUCAUAUCAAGUGGUUGGGGGAUUGCUUGGGGUCGGGUUUUUUGCUGAGUCGUUUUGGGUCUAUAGUUUUUGAGUCGAAAGCGUCAGGAUGAUAUGGGAGAUUCCGGAGAAAGAUACUCUUAAGGUGAUUAUCUGAAAGAGUACAUUGGUUUCAUUGUUUCAAGUUCAUGAAUCCUUUUUGGAUGGUCUUAUUUUGAGGAUGGAAAAGUGUUUGUUCAUGGACAAGAAUCAGAAGUCCUAUUUUAUUAUAUUUUUUUAAGCGAAUGCAUUUGAUUUUUUUUGUU